UUGUGACAGGGCUUCUUUUGGAUGCAGCAUGGCAAGCUCUUCUAAUAUACUGAUGUUGGCUGGAAAUUCAUGAGCCAUCUUCACCAGCAUAGCCUUGGAUUUUUCUUUCACUGCCUCAACGACAGUUUUGUCAGGAAAAGUGUCAGCAUUGUAAAAGAUUCUUCAAAUGUCAUGUAAACUCUAAAAGGAUCAACUUUGAAUAAAUUGAAUCAGAUCUGAAUACCUAAAGAAACUCAUAAUAAGACAAACAAGAUGACGGUAGCAGUGGGAAGCAGGGAGGUGUAUUAUUCCUCACUAUCACAGAACAUAGACUUUCUGAGCUUGCCUGACCCUAUGUAUGACUUUGAUCUACAACAUGUUAUUGGAGAAGGAACAUAUGGGGAAGUUUUUGCAGCUAGGGAUAAUGUAAAUGAGAGGAUGGUGGCGGUGAAAAUAAUGGAAAACAUAGCAGACAAUGUGGAAGAGAUUGAGGAGGAGUACCUUGUGUUGCGUGAUUUAUGUCUGCAUCCCAACAUUCCAAUGUUCAACGGACUUUACCUAAAACCAGGAGCACAGCGGGAAGAAGAUCAGCUUUGGUUUGUUAUGGAGCUGUGUUCAGGUGGCUCAGUGACAGAUCUUGUACAAAGUUUGAUAAAGAGAGGCAAGAGACUUCCAGAAUUAAUUAUUGCCUUUAUUUUGAGAGAAACUAUGGAUGCCCUUGCUUAUCUUCAUAGAAAUCAUUGUAUGCAUAGAGACAUCAAAGGACACAACAUCCUACUAACAGAAGAUGCUAAUGUGAAACUUGUUGAUUUUGGUGUAUCUUCCCACUUGAAAGAUACCAUGGGAAAGAGGAAUACAUCUGUGGGUACUCCUUACUGGAUGGCUCCAGAAGUGGUAGCUUGUGAACAACAGUUAGACUACUCGUAUGAUGUUCGGUGUGACGUCUGGUCAGUAGGGAUAACUGCAAUAGAACUGGCAGAGGGAGAACCCCCUCUUGCUGAUGUUCAUCCAAUGAGGGCAUUGUUUCAGAUACCAAGGAAUCCCCCACCAAAGUUGAAGAGAGAGCUUGAGUGGAGCGAAACCUUCAGUGACUUCAUUUCAGAGUGCUUGAUCAAAGAUUUUGAAGAGCGACCAAUGGUUUCUGAGCUUCUGAGACAUCCUUUUAUUGAACAAGUUCCUGUGAAUCCUACUGAGAUACAAUUACAAUUAAAAGAAAUCAUGUGGAAACAGGAGGAGUUAGGUUAUUGUAAAAGACCACCAGAAGUCACUACUAAACAUGGUCAGUUGAAAACUGAUCGAAAAUCUCGUCCCCAACCUAUCAUGAUGGAUGAUCUGGCUGGUUUGGAAAAUUUAACAGAAGACAUCAUUGUUGAACAGCUAGCAAAGAGGUAUGGCCAAAAUCAGAUCUACACCUACAUUGGUGAUAUCUUAUUGGCUGUGAACCCUUUUCAAGAUGUCUCUCUUUACACAGAUGAGAUAUCUCUUGUUUACCGUAAUCAUGCAAAAGCAGACAAUGCUCCCCACAUCUUUGCCAUUGCUGACAGUGCUUAUCAUUCAAUGCUUCAUCAGAGGCAGAAUCAGUGUGUUGUUAUCAGCGGUGAGAGUGGAGCUGGCAAAACUGAAAGUGCUAACUUUUUGUUAAAACAAAUGGUAUCACUUGGAAAGGCUCCAAACCGUAACUUGGAAGAAAAGAUCUUACAAGUUAACCCAAUUAUGGAGGCGUUUGGAAAUGCAAAAACUGGUAUAAAUGACAAUUCCAGUCGUUUUGGUAAAUACUUGGAUUUGACCUUCACUCAACUAGGGAAAGUGACUGGAGCAAAACUCUCAGUCUACCUACUGGAACAGUCAAGAGUUGUGAGACAAGCUCUAGGAGAGAGGAACUUUCACAUUUUUUAUUACCUUUUUGAUGGUCUGGAAUCUGAAGGAAAGACAUCAGAUUACUAUCUAAACCACAGUGAGAGACAUCAACAUAGGUACAUACAAGAAUUUAGUUCCAACUCUUCAUGUAGAGAGGUAAACGUGAAAACAUUUAAUAAUAUCAAACAAGGCUUUCAACUCCUAGGUUUCCGUCUGAAGGAGAUUGAUACUAUCUACCGUAUACUCGCAGCUGUUCUUCAUUUAGGAGAUAUUGCUGUCAGAGAUGUUGAAGAUGAACAUAAUUCUAAUAAAAGCCUUGUGAACAAUGAAGAAAAAACUCGUAUUGUUGCUGAGUUGUUAGGGGUGGACACUAACUGCCUAACUGAUGCCUUAACUACUACAACUAUGGUUAUGAGAGGUGAGACAAUUACUCGACCUAACAGUGUACAGGAAGCUGAAUGCACAAGGGAUGCUAUGGCAAAAGCCCUUUAUGGCAGACUUUUUGACUGGAUUGUAAACCAAAUUAACAGACUCCUCUCUUUGGGUCGUAUAGUGUAUGGAGAACAACUGUCUGUUGGGUUGUUAGAUAUUUUUGGAUUUGAGGACUUCAAAGAAAAUUCUUUUGAACAGCUGUGUAUCAAUAUUGCUAAUGAACAAAUUCAGUAUUACUUUAAUCAGCACAUUUUCACCUGGGAACAACAAGAAUACAGAAGUGAAGGAAUAGACAUAGACCUUGUGAAUUACAGUGAUAACAGACCUGUUUUGGAUAUGUUUCUAGAAAAACCAAUGGGACUUCUGUGUCUUCUAGAUGAAGAAAGUCACUUUCCUAAUGCCACUGAUCAAUCUCUUGUUGAGAAAUUCCAUAAUAAUGUUAAGUCCAGGUAUUAUAUUCGGCCUAAAUCCAAUGCAUUACAGUUUCAUAUCCAACACUAUGCUGGCAAGGUAACAUACAAUGCUCACAACUUUCUUCAGAAAAACAGGAAUUUUCUACCUCCUAAGAUAAUUCACUUGUUACGACAAUCCUCACUGACCAUCAUUCAAACAUUAUUUCGAAUGCCAUUAACUAAGACGGGUCAUCUCUUCAAUCCUGAAAUUAAUUUUUCUGUUCACAAACCUUUGUUGAAAGAUGAUAUGAUAUCUAAGUACAAUACUCAUGGCCUAAUUAGCCAGACUCGAGCUCAGCAGACUGUUGCAACUUAUUUUCGUUACUCAUUGAUGGAUCUUCUUAACAAAAUGGUCAGUGGUGUUCCACACUUUGUUCGCUGCAUUAAACCAAAUGAUGAGAAACUUCCAGCACAUUUCAACUUGAAAAAGGUAGUACAGCAGCUUCGUUACACAGGCAUACUAGAAACUAUUCACAUUCGUCAACAGGGUUAUUCCCACCGGCUAACAUUUGCAGAGUUUUUGAGAAGAUACUGUUUUCUUGCCUUUGGAUUUGAGGAGAGGGUUGUUGUGUCACAAGAAAACUGUCGGCUGUUACUGCUAAGACUAAAAAUAGAUGGUUGGGCAUUGGGGAAAACAAAGGUGUUUCUAAAGUAUUAUCAUGUGGAAUACCUAUCCCGCAUAUAUGAGCAGCAGAUCAGAAAGAUCAUUGUAGUUCAGGCAGCUGCUCGAAGGUGGUUAGCAGUACAGAAGGCAAAGAGAGAGAGAUGGCAAAUUGCCCAGAGUGUUUUGAUAUUGCAGAAAUAUGCUAGAGGCUGGCUAGCAAGAAGAAGUAGAAAUUUAAAGAUGUCCAAACCAUUGUCCAGACCAAGUGAUGGACCUCAAAUUCCUCCAUGGAGAAGGGACACUAGCCCACAACCAGAUGAUGAUGUUAGGUCAGAAAGUCCAGCAAGUGAUACUCACAGUUGUACUCCUGAUGAGGCAGCCUGUACCAUACAAAAAUAUGUACGAAGUUACCUAACUAGAAGAAAAAUUCAACCACUCGUUGCAGAACGAAGAAAACAACUAGAAGAGAGACAGCAAACUGAGGAAGAUAGAGCAGCAGUGAAGAUUCAAGCUACAUGGCGGAAUUGGCAUGGGAACAGUAAUGUAUCGGAAAGGAUUCAGUUAGCCAGAGCUCGACAUGCUAGUCAACUUGUUCACAUGUCUCAACAGGUGCAACAAUAUAACCAAGAUGUCCAGAAACACCUCAGAAGAAACAGGCCACCCACCAGUCCAGAGGUCAUUCAGCCUGUUCCUGCUCAGUUCAUUCUACCUCAUAAAUUGGACAGCAGACCUAAGACUUCUGUUAAUGGCAGGCCUCACAAACUGCCACUCGUUCUAAACAGUUGUGAAGAAAACAGUGGUUAUAAGAGCCCAGCCCAAAGGACAGAUGAUGAGAUUGCGACACCAAGUUCUUCAUCUAUCUUCAGUUCUUUGGCUGAUGGGUAUCCAGAUAAUAUAACCCAGUUUUACAGUAGCAGUAAUGAUGAACAGAGUGAGAUCAUUUCUUCUGAUGAGCCUUGGGAUGCACCUCUACGGAAUUAUGAGGCCAAGAUUAAGCCUAAUGUAACCAAACAGGAGACAGAACUUGAUGUUAAGGGGAUGGUAAGGAGUAGUCUAAAAUCACAACUCUGGGAGAACAGAGAGAGAGAGAACCAACUUCUAGGAAAGUGGAUGGGUCUUUUGAACCAAAGUACUGGUGAUAAUGGAACAAAUGGAAGUCAAUCUCCACCUCCUAAACAACUCUGCCCAGCUUUUCAAUCUGACACAUCAGCUGAAUCAUGUAAUGGUAAAAGGCCAACUAUGGUGGAAAUAGAGUCCUGGUGGCAAAAGGGUGAAGAGAAGAAAAUUACAAGUUCUAGAAAAGAGAAAGAAACAUUACCUACUGCUAGUCCUGAAUCUCCUGUUCAGUUGGGUGCUGUUCCACAACAGACUAAUAACCUUCCACCACCUGUUGGCCAAAGCAAUGGAACUUAUCAGGGAAAAAUUGAUAUUCAUAGUAUGAUUCCUCCAGACUGUGUAUUAGACAAGACUGGAGAGCGUCGAGACAGCAGCACUGGGCCAUAUGACUUUAGGAGACUAUUACGAAAGACCACCCAUGCACCUACUGAAACUCUCCGAAGGUGUAAGGGACUAUCUACUAACUCAUGCAAAGAAUUCUAGAGAAGCUUGUAGUUAAGAAUAAUUAGGGUAUUUCACAUGUACAAGUGUAUACAUGUUUGAUUUUGUGAAUAUUUAAAUAGUAUCUUCCAUUUUUAGUAUAAAGUCAGAUUAUUAUGUUAGUGUAAUUGUGAUAUUACUUAUCACUUUACUGUGAUAAAACAUGAGCUUUAAUCAAAAAUAGUCAAUAUAGGAAAAACUGCGUUAAAACCAAAGAAAAGUAGAUGUAUUACCUCAGAUAUUAAACGAAAAUGGAUUUGAAUCAAACUAAACUUUUUUACUCAAUUUGUAUUGACGAAAGUGUAGUAUGUUCUUUCAUGCAUACAUUGAACUUGUCCAUUGUCAUAGCAGUUAUGAUGUGAAAAAUAUUAUGUAAAAACCAAUGUUUACUUAAAUAAAACAAUUAACUGUCUCUGCAGGUUAUAACAUAAAAGAUUUUCACAUUAAAAAAUUUUAAGUUAGAAGUUACAAUAACAACUGUAAGUCAUGUAUUGUUUUUGUAGGGUAUAAGUAUUUUUAGAAACAAAUUUUGAACUUCAUCCAUGUUGUUCAUGUUAUUGGGUAUCGUGUUAGAAUACAUUUAUACAAAAUAGAUUACAACAAGAAAGGUAUUUUGGAAAUAUAACAUUGGUUUUUUUAAAUUGUGUAUACUUUAACCCAGUAACUUAUGACAGGAUCUACUAAGAAGUAUGCUCGAAGAAUUCUAUUUUAUUCCUUUUAAUUUUGAAAGGUAUUUUGUACAUUUUUAGUAUUGGUUUUCGAUGAGAAACACAUAUAGAGAUUUAGUAAAGGUUAGUGUAGAAGCAAGUAGUUGGUAAUUACAAUAAAAUAUUUAUUUUCCGCUGUAAGAUAUUUAUAAUAUCCAUUAAUGGUACAGUCUCCUAAGUAAUCAACUGUUAAGUGGUUUAACAUAUAUAAAAUAUAUUCCCUUAUUUUAGACAACAAUCCAGUUUAUUUCAUUCAGAAUGUUAUUUAUUUUAAUUUAUAUCACUAUAUAAGGAGGUAGUUUUAUGUUAAUUUUCUUCCUUUUGUAAUAUGUUUUCUGUGUGUAUUAAUAGCCUUAAACAUAUAUAUAUGAGAUAGAUUAUUAAUGUGAUUGGAAAGUACAAUAGAAAUAGAUCAAAGUGAUUUUGAGAGAUUAUGGUCCUAGAUGAUUGACAAUGAAUAAUGUGGAUCCUACCUGUUACUAUUGUAUACUCAAUAGCCAUGCAAAGCAACGUACUGAAAGAAAGGGGAUAAAAAUUGAUUUUGUUUACAGAAUUUAAAUGUUUUUGAAUCCAGUACAAAACUGUAUUAAAUAUUCAUAAUCAAGUAAGAAAAAACAUUUACUUGAGGAUUAAUCUAGUUUUAAAGAAACUUGUUAUUAUUCGUCAGGUUAUUUUUUCUCUAUACAAAUAUUUGAUAAUACUCCACAGUUUAAUUCAUGUACAAACUUAACUGCUGGGCAGGAAAAAAAUAGUUUAGUCAAGUAAAAUAACCUUGAAUUUCAACAGUUCAAUUUUUUAAGAUAAACUAAUCUAAGAACAUAAAAUAACCUUCAUGUCUAGACAUUUAAGCUACUUUGUACAGUGUAAACACAAGAUGUAUAUAUUAAGUAACUGAGAUUAAUAACAAUAUAAAUCAUUACAAAGGAAGUAAAUAAAAUGAAAGUUUUAAAAAAGAAAACAUGAAAUUAGCAUUAUAAGGUUUUUAGCUCAUAACAUAUUUAUUUUUCAUAAAGAAAAACGUGUAUAUAGUUAUUUAAAUGUUCCAUGUAUAGUUUUAUUUUUGUUAGGUUUCUCUAUCAUAGAUUAUUUUUAAUAGCAAAAAUUAAUUAACAAUAAGCUAUGAUAACCUAAUUACCAACACUAGAGUAAGUUCAUGAAACUGCUUUGAUGUUAGUUGGUAUUUGACACAUAUGCUGACACCCACCCUACGUUAAAGGAAUUUGACAUUUUGACACUUUACAAAAGUAAUUAUAAGUUAUGAAAUAAAAGAAUCUAAAUGGACAUGACAUUAAAAGUUAAAAACUUUUUGGACAUACUAAAUUAUUUGUACACUAAAGCUAAAGUAAUAUGGACGUUCUAGGUCAAAGCAGUUGUGAUAAUUGUUGAAUGUAUUUUUUGUAUUUGUAACAUUGAAAAUAAGUCUCUUGCAAAAUUAUAUCUGUGGUGAAUUCAGAUUAAUUUCUUGGAAUUAGUUUUGAAUUAAACAACCAGUUUUGUUUAAACAAAAUUCAUUGUAUUAGAAAGGUUCCUGAAAGGGAUAAGAAAUUGUUUAAACUCUGGUACUUAUAUGGUCAGGUGAAAGUCAUACAUUCAUAAUUUCCUGUAGGUGGUUUUUGGGCAGAAGUUGUUCUUUUAAACACACGUACUUUAUCUUGAAAAUUUAAGUUACUAAAAAUGUGUUCAUUUCAUUAUGGGUAGAAUGUAUCUCAACAAUGAAAAGUUUCCCGUAAGUUCCCAGUAAUAUUCUAUGAAAACUAUUAAUGAGUAAAACAAAGAUGGGUGAGUUGUUGCUUGAGAGGUCUAGCUUGAUCUUAAAUUUGUCGUGAUAGCUUUAUAAUUUAUGUAAAAAGAGCUUAAAAUUGGUGAUCCUUCCGUUUCAAUUGUAUUUGAAAAUUUAUUAUAUGUGAUUUGCUUAUAAUUCUGUAAUUGCACUCCUACAGUUUUUAUGAUUUUCUUGGUAUAAGUUUUAUGUAAAAUACAUAAAUAUGAUUUUACUUUUUGUUUUAGACUUUAAAGAAGUUUCAGCAACUGUAAACUUGGGUUUAUUCCUUUAGUUACCCAUGCAUAAAGAUUUAAUUUCCGAACUCUUAGUAACACACUUUAAUGAACAGUAAGGGAAGUAAGGUUGUUCAGUAGAAAGGGUAACUUUUAUGUAGUGGUUCUCUAUACCUGUAAUAAAAAUUAAAGUUGAGAGGUAAUAAUACAAAACAAUGUAUUGCUAUAGUGUGCAGAAAAUCACGUAAAUAUACAUCAAGAUAUUGAUUAAUAUAAAAUCCAAUUGUAUCAUGAUUGUAUUCAAAACUUUAUUCAAUUUCAUUAUAGAAAGAACAUGUAGUGUUUUGUUUACUUUAAUAUCAGUAAGGAUCUGAAAAUAUUGUUAUCUGAAUUAAGAAGGUUUUAAAUUGUGAGAACAAACAAAAACUCGUUUGUUAAUGGACCAAAAUGUCUAAAAGAAAUUCAGUUCAACUUGUUUAUGUAAGCAAUAAAAUUUAGAUUUUAGCUGUA